UUUACAGUGGCCUAUGUAAUUAAGUUGAAUCUUUACUUACUUCUUGCCUGAUUCCUAUUUAGAUUUAGGCCAAAAACUCUUAUAUAAUUAUGUUCGACCUUGCUGGAAAGAAACUCUGUUAUAUGUAGUAUGGUAUUUACUGUAAAUAUGCUAACAAACAAUGAACCUUUAUUUCAUGACGUAACUGCGAUAAGAGCUUGUGUUAUCUUUGUGCUCUCUGUACAGAAACUUAUAAAUGGACUUAUUGGCAAGGGUAUUGCUUUGCGUAGUGUUUGUGAACUGCUUGCUGGAUCCGGGCCUAAAAUGUUGAGUGUUAGUGAGGCGACUAAACUAAAAUCAUCAUUACAGCGAAUUAGGCAUAAAAAUUAUUUUAUCCAUAACGUAUAAGGGGUGUGUGUGCUAUAAAUUAGAUCUAAGUCUUGGAAGCAGAACCCAUAGCAAGAUACAAUUAAAUAAAUGGAUCCAAUGUCACAUCGUAUUAUCGAGAAAAGACGAAGAGAUAGGAUGAACAAUUGCCUGGCUGAUCUAAGUCGACUUAUUCCCACAAGUUACAUGAAAAAAGGACGAGGGAGGAUAGAGAAGGCCGAGAUUAUCGAAAUGACCAUCAAACACCUAAAGCAUCUUCAAGUCCAUUCCUGUAAAAAUCCAAGUAAUUGUGAUGUAACAAGGGAUAAUGACCGAGAAUUUCGUCGUCACUACCACGCAGGAUUUCAAGAGUGUCUGUCCGAGGCAAUAAGGUUCUUAGUGGAAACAGACAGGAUGUACUCUGGAGACCAGCUUAGGCUACAGUUGGUUAGCCACUUACAGAAACACUACAGAAAAGUUACUGAAGGAACGUGCUAUCAGAAUGCUGGAGUUUCGACAGAAAACAGUACCGAUGCUCCCAUCGAAUCUUACACGCCCUCUGAGUCUCAACGAGCGCCAUCUACCUCUACAACUAGGAUGACACCAUUUUAUGAUCCUCCUGCUCAAACUGCCCAGGAAGGUGGUGAACAACCUCCUCCAAAGGUUUUGAAGCCAUCUUCUGAUGUAAUGGCCAUGCAGUCUCAGGCGGAGACUCCUUCACAACCACCAAAACAUAUUGAGUUAGGAGCUGAAAAUGAAAACACAAGCCAGCUCAGGGAAAUGUUACAGAACCCUGGACUUCCAAUACGACGUUUCUGUAGUAACAGCACUAAUAGCAACAUUAACACAAAUACUAAUAGUAUAUAUACUAGCCAUCCUUUUCCUUCGUUCGAUUCAUCUUUUCCGCAUCCUCCACAGUUUUCUCCAUCUGCUUUCCACAAGGAAGUAUACAAGUUCAAGAAAAACAUAAAAGAACGAUUCACUGCAGAUCAACAACAGCAUAUAACACCCGUUGUUAUGAAAAGAAAAACGAACGACACAAGGUGUUUCGAUAAUUUGAAAUACCCACAACACAACGGCAGCUCUCCUUGUGGGGUGCGAAACUCUUCAUUGUCCCCUGUUGUGCCAGCGGGGUACUUACCAUUUCCCCUCACGCACUCCCCUCUGAAUCUUCACAAUAGUGAACUAAUGGUGAAAUUACCAGACAAAAGUUCUCCAGAGGGCGGACUUACUACAGCUGGCCAAUGGGAUAACACUAUAGACUCUGUCAGCAGUAACAGCUCUAAUAGUAGCAGCUCUAGAUUUAACCCUAGCCCUUCGUCAGCCGUGCAGUCUACCGGUAGUAGCUCCGGAUACAGCACCAACAGUGACGCAGCGUCGUACACGCCGAAACAAGAUCUUAAUACGCAUUACAAAGAUAACAUCGAUACACGUGUUCGUUCCCCGAGUCCUCAUCUUCCUUCGUGGUCUCCGGGUGUCCCAAUUUUUGCCUUGCACCCUAAAGGUACUUUCUACGUUCCGUUGACCAUAGACGCUGAACUGCUAGCCCCAUUUGUUAGUGGUCUCGACAACGCUAUCCCUGUGUUACAUCCAGUUAGCAUAUCAGUAAAUUUUAGCUUUAGUAGGUCUGUCAAAGGCCCUGAAAAAAUGUACAGCAGGGGUAGCUGGCGACCUGACCGUUAUGCGAUUGCGAAACAUCGUCGUGACAGAAAGGAAGUGACGUAUAGUGGUAAUCCUGUGACGCAAGUUACCUGAGCAGACAGUUUCCAAAAUGGAGUUCAAAAGUAGUUUGACAUUUGUUUACAUUUAAUUCACUUUGUUUCGCCUGAUCACGAUUUCAUAAAAUCAAUACACCCUGAUUAUAAAAUAUAAGUGAUCGAAUAUACGAGAAGUCUUUUUGUGUGUGUGUGUGCGUGUGUACAGAAAACUUCAUCUGAUGAUACACUUGAAGAUUCUUCUCGUUAAUUUCACAGAUUUGCAUAAUUUCAUCGAUUUUUUUCAUCAAGCAUGUUGGCACUAUUUAACGUCGUAGAAAUAUCUUAUAAGAUGUGUUUAGUUACAAACUAUCUGUUGAAUCUAAAACCUAUAAUGAUACGAGUUAUAUUGUUAAAGAAACUAUCUGCCGAAAUUAAAACCCGUAAGAAUAUUAAGUAUAUUGUUAAACAGUUGAAUCUAAGAUCCAUUCAGAUAUAUUGUUAACUCUUUCACUGUCACGUUUCUAUAAACAUUUAUCUGUAUAAACAACUUCCCCAGUGCCAGAUUUAUUUUUAGAUACGCAGUAAAAACAUAAAAUCAUGUUUUAAUAUUUCACUGGUGAAUUCUGGGAAGUUUGAAUGGGAAUCCCCUUUCUUCAUCGUGGUAUAAAAAUCCAAAUUCACGUGUAAUGAAUAUCGCACUUUCUAAUGCUAAAACAGAUACUAAAUAUGCACCCAUAGCAGUGAAAGAGUUCAACAAAUUAUCUGUAGAAUUAUACACGGACAUUUCUCUGCCUUUAUUACUGCCCGAUGAAGGCUACUGUAAGGGGGCCGAAAGCUCGCAAGUAAAAGUAUUUUGACGUAGAGAAUAGCCGUGUAUAAUUCUGUAUAUUAAUUUACAUAAGUUAUGAGCCUUAAAUAACAACCAACAAACUAUCUGUUGAACCUAAAACCCGUUAAGAUAUUAUUGUUGUAACAUUGUUUUGGCAGUGGCUAGUUCAUUUAAAUUAAUUCGGAUAAAUAAUUCAAUAUACGUGAUGAAAACAAAUUACUUUAUUUCCUUCUUUAACGUUUCUACAAGCUAUAACACUUGUACAGUAUAAUAACCUGUUGUAGGCCUACGUUACAAAUGACAUUUAAACCUAUUUAACGAUACUAGGACUAACAUAAAAUCAACUUAGUUACUUUAUAAGCGCAAUAUCAAACACAGACUCAAAUAUUCACGAAACACACCGAUUAAUUCAACGUUGUGUCUUCAAAUAACUCUACACUGUUUUAACUAUAUCCUCUCGUAUGAAACCUUGUAUUAAUAAUCUACUUUCGAAUAUACUAGAACGCUUUACGUCAUAUCCUAAAAAUGUUCAAGUUGUUCUAGGCCUAUUUUAUUAAACCUUUUGAUAUUAACGUCAUUAAGACUAAUGGCUACCUCUAGCUAGCAUACAAAUUACAACAUAUAGUGUGUGUGUGUGUCGAUAACAAUGACUCGUUUCUGGAUGGUGAAUUUCCAUCAAUAAUCCUAACACAAGAAUGAAGCUACACUAAACUGUCAAUUCUCCGGAUUCUGUAGUCCACAUCAUUAAUUCUUUUCGUUACGAUGUAUGGCCCUAUAGAACAUCUACUAAACUUUGAAGUUUACCCUCUCUUGAAUCAAUUCUACUAAGCCACAACAUGUCACUUUGAUAAAAUCCAAUUUUAUAAGCAUUCACAUCAGAGCUACCUUUAGUUUUAUAACAAACUGAUUUAAGUAUUUCCUGGAUGAAGUCAUGUAUAUCUUUAUUCUUCACAUCCACGAAUUCUCUACCAACCACGAGUUUCUCAAGACGUGCCAAAAUGUUUGGUUCCAUUACACUCACUAGAUAAAGAUUUAUUGCUCAUAGCUCCUGGGAUGACUGUACUACCUGUUAUCACUGGAAGUUCAAUCUCUGGUGUAGUACUUUCCGUGUAGUGCAUCAGGAUUUCCUGGUCAUAGACUGUGAUGCUAUUUGAAGCUAUUGUAAACUCACAUCCAUGUCUCCUCAUGAAAGUGAGUUUCCAAUGUGCAUUCUUCUUCGAUGUAAGUUACCCACGUAUCAUGAGGUGUUGAAAAGCUUCUUGUACUGAAAGUAACUUUAAACUUCCUUUUCACUGGAACUUUAUUUACACCUGCUAUUCUCAUUUAUCCUCUUUCUUUUUUCAUCUCUAGGUGCAAGUUCCCAUCUUUCAUUAACAAAUCUGGUAGAAUAAUUGUAGCUGUAGAACCACUGUUAAUCAGCAUAUUGCAAGGUUUUCCAUAAAUAAUCCCAUGAACUUGUGGGCGAUUUUCAUCAAAUAAUGAACUUCUUUUCUCAGUUGGAAUAGAUGGAAUAUUCCCAGCUGAACUUUGCAUCAUACAUAUAAUCAAUUCCUGUUUUCUUGAUGUCUGGUACUCUAUGUAGUUCCUUUGAUCUGGUUGGGCUCUUUUUUUGGCUUAAUAACGGCUGUUGAUUUCAUACAGUCUCGGCUGUAAAGGCCAGGUUUCCCACAUCUGUAACAAUUUUCUCUCUCGGAUAUCUUUGAGAGGAGUCCUUAUUCCCUACAGGCUUCUGCUUACUGUUCUUGGCAAUAUGUCCUUUCAAGUCGCACUUAAAACACUUAUUUUGUUACAGUUUAUCCCCUCGAUUUUGUGCAACUAGUUGUAAAACCAAUCCUUUUAGUUAUUCUAAGCAAUCGUCCAUGUGAGUUGAUGUUUCAAUAUUACUCGAUCAGAUAACAUCAUAUGUUUGAGAUUAUCUUUAGUUGUUUAUCUGAAACCUUGAUUGAUUUUAGUUCCAUGUACACUUACUCUGCUUCAGUCUAAUUCUCAUAUCCUUGGCAUUUAUAAAUAGGUUAUGAGUCUAAGAGUCCAUAAUUCCACGUAGAGUGUCCGUGUAAGAUAAUUAGACAAACCUUUACAAAUAUAAAAGUUUGACUAAGGUAUCUUAUUUCCUCUGUACCCUCUUAUGGAACUUUGCUCUGGAUACAUAUUUCCUGUGUGACACUCUGAGCCUGUUGGAUUAGCUGUUACCAAUUCUUGAUAGUUGUUACAAUUCUCAACUAGAAGGUUAUUUUAUGUUGUCAAAGCUGACCAUUUUAAAUGGUCAGCAAGGUUAAUGGCUUGUUCGCUAUUCCAUUUGUUCACUCUGGAAAAUAUUUUGAACUAAGCUUGGUAUGACUCCCAUGGUACCUUCGUUAUAGCCUAUUGAUUUCUUGAUUGGCUGAUGUUGGAUUAGCCAACUAAAUUCUAGAACUGGAUUUGGUAGAAUUAUAGCUGAAGUAGUUCCAGGAAUGUUCUACAAUAGGAGUAGACCAAGUAAGUUCUCUUAGUCCAUAUUUGGUAUUAGAUGGUAUUUUUGCAUGAACCUCUUGAGCUAUUUCAGAGAAAGGUGUGAUUCGUUUAAUUUUUGUAUUUAAUAAUUCGUUUUCUGGAUGCUUUAUUUUGUCACCAAUGUUCUUUUCUACUUCUAUGAUGCUCUUUUCUAUCUCAAUGAUGUCUUUGCUUACUUCACUUUAGACUUUGUCGAUGUCCUUUCGUAAUUCACUUUUGACUUUGUUGAUGUACUUUUGUAUUUCACUUUAGAUUUCAUUGAUCCCUUUCAAAUGUGUUGUAAUCCUUCUAUAUAUUCCCUAAAGCUUCAUCGAUCUUGUCUUCAAUCAGUUUUAUUUGUGGUUUAAAUUAUUCUUUAAAUAACGUAUCUCUUUCAUUUAACUCCUCUCUUAAUUUCCGUCCUGUUCUUCCUGCUCUUCUUUUAAUUUCAUAUUUCUUUCUUAAAUUUUCUGUCCUGUUCUUAUUUUAAUUUUCUAUCUUUUUCUUCUAAUGUUCUGUCUCCCUCGUCUUGUUUUCUGUCCUGUUCUUUUGGUGUUCUGUCCAUUUCUUCUUGUUCCUUUUCCUUUGUUCUACUUUCCAUUGUUUUAUCGUGUCUAGCAGGUUUCUUCUCUCAGUUUGUGCCUUUGUGGUCAUUUUGAAUAAAGGUUGAAGUUUAUUCAAUGUUCUAUUUUGUUUGCACCAAAAUAAUAAAUAUCCCACUUCUGACAUCAGUGUUGAAAAUUGUUACUUAGCUGAUGGGUUUCUUUAAACUUUCUAGCGAAAAUAAUUUUACAUUCAGUUCACGUGAUGAGAACAAAUUACUUUAUUUUUUCCUUUAACAUUUUUUUGGACAUUGCCAUAACUUGUUGUAGGCCUACGUUACAACCUCUCUAACAAUAAUGAGAUUAAUGUAAGUUCAAUUUACUUGUACAAAGUAACUCAAUAAGCGCAAUAUCAAACACAGAUUCAAAUACUUCACAAAAACACCACUGACUGCUUCAAAUUUCUGUCUUCAAGUAACUCUACACUGUCUCUUGAUGUUUCACGGAACCUUGUAUUUAUAAUAUACUUUGGAAUAUACUUGAAAACUUUACGUUACAUCCUUAUAAUUUUCUAGGUGUUAUAAGUCUGUUUUAUUAAUUGUAUAUUAACGUCAUCAUGAAGACCCCCCAAUAUUCGACAAACUAUCUGUUGAACCUAUAAUAUAUGAUAAACUCCUUUAUUACAGUUUGUUAUGAGAAUGGCACGGAGCUAAAAAUGUAAGUUGUAUAUUUUAAGUAUUGCGUUUAUCCCGUAAACAUAAUUGUCUAGGGAAACGUUAGUAUUAAUUGUUUAUUAUGUAUAGUUUUGUUUAUUAGGUGUUGAAUAACACCGUCUGUUCGUGCAUGUUUUUAAACGUAUCAACACUAUAAUGACGAUCUAAGAUGUCUAGUUUUACGAUAUUAUAUCUUUUCCUAAUUCCUUUAUUGUAUACAAGAUACAAUAUUCUUAUUCAAAAAAUGGUAUUUCUUUUUCUUUUAUAAUGCAAAAAUCCCGACAACCCAAGUGUUUCCGGUUUUCUUGAGUUUGAUAUAUCUAAUUGUUUUAUCCUACUUGUUUUGUAAAUAAACUUUAUCUUUUAAUGUGCAACAAAAAUAUAUGGUGCAAAACUACUAAGCUGCAUAAGGUAAAAAUAUUUAAAGAGAUGUAAAUAAUGUUUUAUUCGAAUCAAACAUGUAAAUAUUAUGUUGUAUUGUUGUGGACUGGAGAAAAAUAAAUUUUUUUCAAGAAA